CGUGGGACGUGCGCGCACUGAAACGCACUAGAUUGGUGGAUUAGUUUAGUUUUCAUGCAUUAUUUUUGUUUCUAAAUCAUCCCACGUUCUUCCUAGUCACUGUUAUCCUCCGAUAUAAGUUGAAAAGCCAUUGGUUCAGUUCACGUUUGUUAUUCCAGUGAUCUGGUGCGGUGACCGUGACAUACACUCCAAACGAACACAGCGAUCAAGCGUACGUGCGUAGAAGUUCUGUGAUUAAAAGGCCAGCAACAAUCAACCACUGCACUCGAGGCAACAGUACAACAAAUAUCGCAUAGCCCGCGUUCAGUGAGCUGCCAAUAAACCGUCGCCACCCGAUGGCCGAUUCAGCGAAACUUUCCCACCGAACCCGAAAACGCGUCCGGGAAGUGAAACGAAAAGCCCGACCAGAGCUCUCCGAUAAAUCGGCAUGGGUACAGCUGGGCUACCAUCAGACGUUCGAUGCGCUCCGCAAGUUUGAGGAUAAUGUAGAGCGGAUCCAUGUGGACAAGGUUAGUCCGGAGCAGUUUAUCGAGCGGUUUGAGCGAGACUAUAAGCCCGUCGUUAUCGAGGGCAUGCAGGACAACUGGAAGGCUGGGCACAAGUGGACGCUGGAGCGAUUGGCUAAAAAGUACCGCAACCAGAAGUUCAAGUGUGGCGAAGAUAAUGACGGCUACAGUGUGAAGAUGAAGAUGAAAUACUACGUCGCGUACAUGCGAACAACCACGGACGACAGCCCACUGUACAUAUUCGAUAGCAGCUUCGGUGAGCAUCACCGGCGUAGAAAACUGCUCGAAGACUACGAUGUUCCGAUUUACUUCCGAGAUGACCUGUUCAAGCAUGCGGGUGAGGAGAGAAGACCACCAUAUCGCUGGUUUGUGAUGGGCCCAGCUCGCUCCGGCACCGGCAUCCAUAUUGAUCCGCUCGGUACAAGUGCCUGGAACGCGCUGGUACACGGCCACAAACGCUGGUGUCUGUUUCCGACUCACACUCCGAAGGAACUGCUCAAGGUGACCGGGGCGAUCGGCGGCAAGCAACGUGACGAAGCCAUCACCUGGUUCAGUCUGAUCUAUCCUCGAUCGCAACAGCCUGAUUGGCCAGCGAACUGUAAACCGCUAGAAAUUCUCCAAAAGCCAGGGGAAACGGUAUUUGUGCCGGGCGGAUGGUGGCAUGUGGUGCUCAACCUGGACGACACCGUCGCGGUGACGCAAAACUUCUGUAGCCGUACCAACUUUCCAGUUGUCUGGCACAAGACGGUGCGCGGUCGCCCGAAGCUGUCUAACAAGUGGUACAAGGUGCUGCAGCUAGUCGAGCCAGACCUGGCCAAGAUCGCCUCGGAGACCGAUCUCGGCCAGAGUACAGGUGUUGCAUCGGAUAGUUCGAGUAACUCCAGUUCGUCGUCUUCUAGUUCUAGCAGCGACGGUGAUAGCGGUAGCGACAGCGAGUCCAACACGGACAGUGGACAGGAAUCGCUAACGGCGCACAAGUCGAAAAAGCGUAGAAAAGCGAAUGGAGGUGGUGGCGGCUCGGUUUCCGAAUUUACUCAUUGAAGCCCCAGAUCAUUAGCGUUUUUUGACAUGGUCGGCGACAUUCUGUCUGAACUUGAAUAAGCUAAAUCCUGUCCCCGGAAAUAACUUAGUAAUCCUCGUCUUUUUUAAACCCACGUGCAUCGAGGGCUUCUAAGAGGGUUAUAAAAUUACGUUCCGAGGAUAUGAUUUAGCUUGUUCGUAGCCGCGUUUGCAUAAAUUUCACGGCAGCGUUUUCCUCCUAUAAUUCUAUUUAAACCAGCUGCUAUCGCCUCGAAUGACACCUUUGGGCCAUUUUUAGUGCGACGAGUAAAAUUCUUCUAACUCACUACUAACAAAUAAUUUUCGUUGAACACAAAGGGUGUGAUAAGAAUUUCGAACACCUAUUGAAUAAUGAAAUGUAAUAAUGAACUUAUAAAAAUGUCAUACGAUUUUUUUGUACACGAUAAGUGAUCGGGUCGGACUUAUUUUAAAGAAAAAAAAUGAAUUCAAUAACUUUUGAAUAACACUUUGAACCCUAUUAACUGUGUUACAAAAUAGACUGCUGUCGGGGCUAAUAUUUUCUUUAGCAGUUUUUAAUGUUUCAUCCAGGAAUAUGGAAAGUAUAAAAAGCUGCCGUCAAAUUUGCCCAAACGGUUAGGUUGAAUAUCUACUUUUGCCGGUAUGUUGAGGUUAAAAACAUACACCGAAUAUGCCAUAGCUGCAGCAAACUAAAACAUUGUAGUAGUUCAUUCAAGCCUCUCUAUAACUUCGUCUUUUUAUAUUCAAAAAUUUACCGUCACACCUGCCCCGUGUAUUGUGAUGUAGUUUUAGGUUCGAACAAUUCUUCAGUCGUUUCCGAGCCGUGAUCAAAUAAGAAAUUUGAAUCCUUUCUAGUGUUAGCAGCAUGAUGUUGCUAUGCUAUACUUCGGUGGUAAAAAGGCUGUAGUAGCACUCAAUGAACGGUCCAUUCAGUUGACAACGGCAAACGUCUUUGCCAAAAGUUAUCGUCCUUUGUAUGCGUGCAUACAUCGUACGGUGCAAUUAGAAUUUCGCGAACUGUACUUUGCACAUUUCAUAUGCUUUCGUGUACUGCAUACCAGCUUAUUGUUACAUAAGCCCCAUGAAGAUUUUCUUUAUAAACAAAUUGUUUAUGUAUAGUAAUAACUUUUGACUUUAAUAAUUGUUUUCUCAACUAUGUGAAAAAAAAAUUACUCUAGUAAGUGGAUGCUUCUUCUUUCAGUUUCCAUAAAGCUGUUUUUCUCAUGACUUAGGCAAGACGGACAAACACAGCGUUAGGAGUCAUACUAUUGAGUUUGUUUUAAAAUCGCUAAAGUCAAAAACAAAAAAUUGUUUAAAAUGCAGUAUCGAAACUAUAUAACCUCGAAACGAGCAAAAUCAACCUAGAAGAAGUAUUAUAAAACAUUCGUUUCAUCACGUUUGAUUAACUUCAUUAUUGUAUAACAAACAGACCAUCGACUAUUGGCGAUAAGUAGAUCAAAUUAUUUGCAGCAUGAUGCAACUGCCCCAUAAUAACUUCAAACCAUGCAUUGAGAAAAAAUUAAUAAAAGAAUAAAUCUCAAUAUUAGCAUGUCAGAAGAGGAAAGAUAGCCAAAUGUAUUGCGUAAACUAACGAACUGAACUCUAAAUAGGGAUCAGGGUAGCAAAAGUAGUGGAAAAAAUGACCAUCAUCCAAUGUUGCCGAAGAAGGAAGGAUCAUCAUGACUGAGAUUGAAUCAAAAAGGUGGUCGAUGUGCGGAUGAUUUAAUACAGUGGUAUUGUGCCUUUAGUAAAAUUGACGUAAACGAGCAACAGAAAAGCAAGCACUAACAGCAACAUAGGGACAGUUAUAAUAGGUACAUCUUAAUCCUAAGUAGAGAAAAAAGCAAACCGCAGGAAACUGAUAUGUGUGGAACCAUACCAAGAACGCUAAAUUCCUCAUGCAAAAGCAAACGAA